AUGGAGGCGAGUGCCGGUUUAGUAGCGGGUUCCCACAACCGUAACGAGCUAGUCGUCAUCCGUCUCGACGGUGAAUCCGCUCCAAAGCCGUUAGAGCAGCUUAGUAGGCAAAUAUGCUUGAUAUGCGGUGAUGAUGUUGGGCUCACGGUUGAUGGAGAGCUCUUCGUGGCCUGCAAUGAGUGUGCCUUUCCGAUUUGCAGGACUUGCUACGAGUACGAGCGAAGCGAAGGCACCCAAGUCUGCCCCCAGUGCAAAACUCGCUUCAAACGUCUCAAGGGGUGUGCUAGAGUGGAAGGUGAUGAAGAAGAAGAUGACAUCGACGAUGUGGAGAAUGAGUUCAAUUUUUGUGGCAAGGGUGGUAAUGGUGCCAAAAAGGACCACCACCACCAUGCUUUAGCUGAUGAUGAUGCUAUGCUGCAGGGCUUCGAACCCGACAUGCCUCAUCAAGGCCUACAAACCACACUACCUCAAUUUCCCCUCCUCACCAAUGGUCAGAUGGUACUGCAUCUCCUCCUCCUCUGA